AUGAUUGCCGCAUUUAAUAAAAUCAUAUGGGAUAAAGAUUUAACGUUGGUGGUGUGCUCACUUUAUCUUGUUUAUAUUCAGGCUGAAGAAAUUGGAGUUGGACGAGAUGAUGGAAGACCAGAUUUGGGUGUAGGCCGGCCUAGGGGUGGAGGUUUAAUUGGCAAUGGACAGGGGAAACCGAAGAAGGGAAGAGCAGGACAAAGAGAAGGAAAGAAAAUAAGGCUGUCAAGCGAUUUAGAUCUUGAUGAUGAGGAUGAUCCUGUUUGA